AUGCAUAUCCUUUCCUACCUGGAACAAGAAGCCACCAUGAGCAACGUCACAGUCACCGACAACACUGAACCUAUCAGCCGUACCAUGAGUCCGGCAACCCCCAGCCCAUAUCCCUAUCCUGUUAGUUUUCAGGUCUCCCUGACUGGCUUCCUUAUGCUGGAAAUACUGCUGGGCCUGAGUUCAAACCUCACUGUGCUUGCCCUCUACUGUAUGAAGUCGAACCUCAUUAGUUCUGUCAGUAACAUCGUCACUAUGAACCUCCAUGUGCUGGACGUGCUGGUUUGUGUGUGCUGCAUCCCCCUCACCAUUGUGGUGGUGCUGCUCUCCCUGGAGGGAGACACUGCCCUCGUCUGCUGCUUCCAUGAAGCCUGCGUCUCCUUCGCUAGUGUUGCCACUGCUGCUAAUGUGCUUGCCAUCACCCUCGAUCGCUACGACAUUUCAGUCAAACCAGCCAACCGGGUGCUGACCAUGGGCCGCGCCCUGGCCCUGCUGGCUGCCAUUUGGGUACUAUCCUUUGUUAGUUUUCUUGUGCCCUUUAUUGAAGUGGGGUUCUUUGCCCAGGGCCACGCUGAGCUGAACCAGACAGUGGUAGAGAAUGUGGUCCACACUAACCAGUACUACACAGAACUUGGCCUCUACUACCAUUUGCUUGCUCAGAUUCCUAUUUUCUUCUUUACCGCCGUUGUCAUGCUCAUCACCUACUCAAAGAUCCUGCAAGCACUCAAUAUUCGCAUUGGCACACGUUUCCACGCUUCACAGAAGAAAAAGGCUCGCAGGAAAAAGCGUCCAUCUAUGACGGCCAUGACAACGCAGCAAGAGGCCACAGAUGGUUCCCAGAGCAGUGGGAGCCGCAACCCCACACUGGGCAUGCGUACGUCUGUCUCUGUAAUCAUUGCCUUGCGCAGGGCCGUUAAACGCCACAGAGAAAGGCGGGAGCGCCAAAAAAGGGUUUUCAGGAUGUCCCUCCUGAUUGUGUCUACCUUCCUUCUGUGCUGGACACCCAUCACAGUACUCAACACAGUCAUCCUGAGUGUGGGCCCCAGUGACCUAAUGGUCAAACUGAGACUAGGCUUCCUGGUCAUGGCUUACGGGACUACUAUCUUUCACCCUCUACUCUAUGCCUUCACUAGGCAGAAGUUCCAGAAAGUCUUGAAAAGCAAGAUGAAGAAGCGAGUGGUGUCCAUUAUUGAGGCAGAUCCUACACCUAAUAACGCCAUCAUCCACAACUCCUGGAUCGAUCCAAAGAGGAACAAAAAGGUCACAUUUGAGGACAAAGACGCCAGACAGAAAUGUUUGUCCUCUGAGGACGUGGAAUGAAGGAACUCAUUAUCUUUAGAGCAUAAAGUCAAUAAAAGCAGCUAAAACCGAUAUCAGGUCAUGAUGAAAAAGGGAAAAUAUUAAUCCAAA